AAUGGAACGAAGGGGGGAAGGGGGAAGACUGCGAGCGGUUUGCCAAUGGACACGAUGAACACGGUACACGCAGCGCACAGGAUAGGGUGGUACAAUCUAUAGAAGAUGUCUGCGAAAAAAGAGCAAGACGGUACGUCGACGGAGGACGAGGAGCGAAAGAGAAAACUCGGGUUGUUGCUGAUGACGACGGGGCGGGCGCGCGGAGUUCAAAAAGAAAAGGUAGAGGUAAUAGUG